GUCACAUACCAUAGAUUCAAAACCCUCUAUUGGGAGCGAUUUCUCAAUAUCGAAAGGAAAAAUCCCCCCUCCCCAUAUCGAAACGGCAUGACUCCGAAAAUUUGUGUUGCUGAUUUGAGGCCACAAAUCACGUCUGUCUUGCAAGAAGACACGCGCAGAGGCUUCCGCGCCAUUAUGGAAGCGAUUUGGCAUGCUGUAGGACCUAGGGGACAGCCGUUACCGUUUGUAAUGCGAAACAACUAGACCGAAACGCCCCCACCUAGGCUGAGGAUCUGGCUACGAUGCUUUACUGCGUGACAGCGCGCAUUUGUGUACGGAAAUCCAGCAUCAGAAACUUCGUCUCGAUAUGGGGAGGGGGGAUUUUUCCUUACGAUACUCAAACCAGCUGCUGCCGGCGGCUUUUCGGACGAUUAUGCAGUGUACCGAGAAAUCUUGGCUAUCAAAGCAGGGCGACGGCGGCACGAGGUAGAAACAACUUCGGCAACUGCAGCUCAUGUUACACCCGUUUCAAAAAGACCAGGACUAGCACUCUCUCUUGUUUCUGUUUGCCUUUAUUUUAGCUUCUAAGUACCACUUUCCUUUCCCUCUGAUUGAUUGUUCGAUGUUUUGUUUCCAAAUUCCACAACACAGGACCACACGAGAGCCGACGUGCUUGAGCCGCAGAGUUUCGAGCCUC